CAGUGUCAGUUUGGCGAUAGCAUUGAAUCGGGUAACAGUAUUAUUCAUACUGUUAAAUUAUUUGAAAUUUAACUACAAUUUUCCAAAGCAAAUACCUCUCCCUUUAAGUUCCAAAUAAUUGUACGGUUUUAUUAAUUCAUAUUUGUGCACAAAAAAUACAUAUAUAAAUGUAUACACCUACAUACGUAUAUACAUAUACUAUAUAUGAAUGGAUAUGUGAGAAAACUCGUAUUUAUUAUUGUAGUUAAAUACUUUAUAUUGAAAUUGCGUAAAGUUGUUUGAUAUAUAAUAUAAAAAAAAUUUAUUCUGAGUUCAAAUAACUAUAAGUGAACAAUUAACGUCUAAAAUAAAAUUAAAAUAAUUGAUUAUAUGUGAAUAUUUUGUAAAAUUUUGUUGUAAAUAAUUAUUUAUGGUGAAAGUUGUAUGGAAUACAGAAGUUAUAUAUAAAAUGGAAUAACUGAAUUUUGAAGGAUCUCGAGGUUUUAACAUGUGGAAGUGUAUAAGCAAAAACUAUUGAAAGUAUUGACAAUUUUAAUGAGUGAUAGUUUGUUUUAAUCCGUGCAACUAUAUAGUUAUUGUUACAGUAACAAAAAAAAUUAAAUAAACGAAAACUACGUAAAAGUUAAUUACAAAAUGGAUUUAUCUGCAGUGCUUUUCGUAUGUUUAAUAACAUUGUGCACAUCAACGGGAAGUAAACCGAAACCUGGUCGAGGAAAAGGAUCCAUGUGGUGGGGUAUAGCUAAGGUGGGCGAACCAAAUAAUAUAUCGCCACUUAGUUCAGGUAUUAUGUAUAUGGAUCCCGCCAUUCAUUCCACACUAAGACGAAAACAACGACGCUUAGUUCGUGAUAACCCUGGCGUACUGGGUGCACUAGUAAAAGGCGCCAAUCUUGCUAUAAGUGAAUGUCAACAUCAAUUUCGAAAUCGGCGUUGGAACUGUUCAACAAGAAAUUUUCUGCGUGGAAAAAAUUUGUUCGGCAAAAUUGUCGAUAGAGGCUGUCGUGAGACUGGCUUUAUUUAUGCCAUCACCAGCGCCGCUGUCACACAUUCGAUUGCGCGCGCCUGCAGCGAGGGCUCCAUUGAAUCGUGCACCUGUGAUUAUAGCCAUCAGUCGCGAUCGCCGCAAGCGAGUCACCAAACAGGCAGCGUAGCGGGUGUUCGCGACUGGGAAUGGGGAGGGUGCUCAGACAAUAUCGGAUUUGGUUUUAAAUUCUCACGUGAUUUUGUAGACACUGGAGAACGCGGCCGAAAUUUGAGGGAAAAAAUGAACUUACAUAAUAAUGAAGCUGGCCGCAGUCAUGUACAAGCGGAAAUGCGUCAGGAAUGUAAAUGCCACGGUAUGUCUGGCUCCUGUACCGUAAAGACUUGCUGGAUGCGACUGGCUAAUUUUCGCGUAAUAGGUGAUAAUCUUAAGGAUCGUUUUGAUGGUGCAUCACGCGUUAUGGUCAGUAAUAGCCUAAGACAAAAUGGGAAUACAGUACCAAGUAAUUUAGCAAAUUCAAAUGGCAUUGGAAUGUCUAGUGCGGCUAUGAGCCCUAACGCAGCAAGCCCGAAUGCUUUCAGCGCAGAUCAAAUGAUUAAUGAUCAUAUGCCAGACCAUUUAAUAAAAAUACAUCCGAAUAAACCACCUUUGAAUACCGUUAAUAACCCAAAUAGUGUGUCCCGAAAUUCGGUGCGCAGCCGUGGUCGUCAAGGGAAAAAGAACAAUAGAUACAACUUUCAGUUGAAACCGCAGAAUCCGGAACAUAAGCCACCUGGCCCCAAAGAUAUUGUUUACCUGGAACAGUCACCAAGCUUCUGCGAGAAAAAUUUGCGUUUAGGUAUUCAAGGAACACAUGGGCGUCAAUGCAAUGAUACAUCAAUCGGCGUUGAUGGCUGUGACUUGAUGUGUUGCGGUCGUGGCUAUCGUACACAGGUAAUCGACGUCAUUGAACGUUGCGCAUGCACAUUUCACUGGUGCUGUGAAGUCAAGUGUAAAACGUGUCGAAUAAAAAAAACAAUACAUACAUGUUUAUAAGUAGUGAUGAGUAUUUUUUAAAUCUCCGCCCGAUACCCUCUGAAGACAGUUAGGACUAAAAUUUUUCAAAGGAAAUGUUUAUAAGCUUUAAUAAAAAGUAAAUGAAACGGUUAUGGAGUCUGUCACAAAUCAUUAACAAUCGUUGCCCUCCAACACAGUAAAAUGUAUUAUUAAGUGAGCUAGUAAAAAUAUUAAUAGAACUAAAAUAACUAAAGUAUUUAAAGGGAAUAAAGGGUGGGGUUUGAAGAUUUGCGGCACCUUUGUCGUUUGUUAUACCCCGUUUAUUUAUUUAUUUAUUUAUUUUUUAUUAAUUUUGGAUUACAAUUAACGGGUUGUUCGUUAUAUGAAAGGACACUACAUUAAGUGACCUGUCAAUUAAUUCCAACGAAUAUAAAUAUCAGUAUUUCUUUAAAUUUGAUACCAGUAUACACAUACUUAUGUAAAUAUAAAUAUAUAUACAACCUAGCACUGAAAUAAAAGAUGAUAUAUGCACAUAAAUAUGUAUCAUAUAUGGGGCGAUUUCAGUGUAACCAUACUUUAAGUUUAGAAGAUGCUAUAAGUGAAUUUUUUUCAAAGUUGGAUUUAAGUCCACACAUUCUAGCGAAUUUGAACGCUGUCUACAGUAUUAUAUUAUUUGAAUUCAUAAUCACUAAGUAGAAUACAUAUGUUUUUAAGAAAAAUAAAUACACACUAUCCAGUUUACUAUUUGUUACUAUUCUAAAUAUGUAUAAGUACUUGUAUACGAAUGUUUAUGUGAAUAUUGCCUUGCGCCAAAAUGGAUCUAACCGAAGACUGAGAUUUUGUAAUUUGCUAUUACUUUUGUCCUUUAAUUGCAAUUUAAUUUCAUAUAUGUUUUAUCAUAUAUUUUACCAUACGGGACCAUACAUACAAACCUAAACAUGUAUAUAGCCACAUAAAUUCCAGCUGUACGAUUUUAUGAUCUUAGUAAAAGUUCUUAAAAAAGAUCAUUUUUACCCACUUAUAAUUUUGGUGCUAAUUAGUUUGUUGUUUAAUAAAUAAUUUAAUUAAAUGGUUUCUCCUACAUAUUUGAAGCUAUUCUGAAAAAUAUACAAAAUAGAUUUGGAAGCCAUCUACUACAAGCUUACAAAGGAUAAGUUAUGUAGUAAAAAAUUAUAAUAUUGGUAUUUAAAAAUGAAUAGUAUUAAAAAACAAUGGUAUUUAAAGAAAAAUAAAUAAUCUAUUUUGUUUAUAAGCAAAAAAUAUGAAUUUAACAUUUAAGAUAAAACCUUUCGUUUGUGGUCAUAAUGCUAACCAAUACAAGUAUUUUGCCAAAGCUUUUGAGCUCAAGAGGUUAAAUCGAAUGGUGAAAUAGAAUUAAAAUUGUUUGUGUGUUUACAUUUUGAAAAAUGUAUUUGUUUGAACAAAUCGUUCAAAUUUAAUAUGUUUCAUUAUGUUUUAUCAAUAUAAUAUAAAUUAACUAUCGAUAUAUGUAUAUAUACAUAAAUCCCUACACAUUAUCACGUAUUAAGUUUCUCAACAAAUUGUUUUAGCUCGAUAAGCAAAAAAAAACGUACUUAAAUCUCUAUCCUUAAUAUUUUGUUAUUUUUGUAAACGCUUCCUCAGUAUGUACAUAUGUUGUUUAUAAAAUAGUUUGUAUAAACUAGAAAUAUGGAACUUCAUAUGUAAAUAUAUUUAUGUACUUAUAUGAAAGUUAUUUAAGUGAACUUGUAUACCUUCACUACAAAAUAUGUUUAAAUUUAUUAGCUAAGCCAAAUAAAGUCUUAAAUUUAAAUACUUUAAUUAAUUUUUUUCUAAAGGGCUAAAAUAUAUUUGCUUUGCAGGCAUUUGAAUAUAAAGUGUUUCUAUGCUAGCGUGUUCACUAAAAGUUUUUAUGUUAAAAAAAAAACUAGAACCAAUUCUUGAUUAAUAAGUCCGACUUUUAUUUUCGAGCAAAAUAAUUCAAUUUGGUCAAAUAGUCCUAGGUCCUAAAAGCCUUUCUUUAUGUAUUACUUUAUUUUGAUUUGUGUCCAAAAUAUUUAUGUAAGCAGUUAGUUAAAUAAAAUGAUUUUAAAUAUCUCUUUAUUACUUUGUUUGCGUAUUGGAGAGCUAUUGCACUUUUAGUAGUUUUUUUCAACAUAAUCCUCUUAAAAGCAGUCGGAGUAGUCAAAAAGCUACUAGAUAAGUUCAUCCUCAGCUGAUUUGAUUGAUAUACCUUUAUUGGUUUGUGAGUACAUUAAAUGCAUUAAGAUGGGACACUUUCAAAAUGUUUAAAACCGCUUUAAGAGUCUCGUCAACUUAAUAAUUUUUUAUAUAUAUCUCGAUUAGUUUUGAGUGUUACAAAUAACCGUUACAUCACCAAAACUAUUAUACUCCGUUGCAACAAGUGCUGAAAAUAUAAAUACGGUUCGCGGUUAACUUGAAACGGAGAAAUUCCCUACGAGAUGGUUAUGCUGACACAUUUCCAAAAACAUGUACAUACAUACAUACUUGUAUGUGAGCAUGUAUAUUUAUUGCUACACUAAACGAAUUGUCCUACAUAAGUAGUAUGGCAUACAAUAAAUAGUAUAAA